AUGUACUACGUUAACCCUGCUGCCCUCUCUGAAAGUCUGGCGCAGCCCUUACACGAGAAGUGGACAGUGACGGACCAUCAACGCAGUCUGUACUAUGCUAUUGAACAAAUCAAUGCUGAGAUUGCCUUUGUACCGCACAAGGUGACUUCCAGCUUUUCUACGCUCUCCAGUUUUUCAGCCUUGGACUUGCGCUUAGCAGCACACGUAGAUGAUGCCCAUCGGCAGGUGGGAAUCCGGGUUAAGGACCUCUUCACAGUUGAAGCUGUAGAUGCGGGCACUUCCGUGUUGGAGUUCAUCGCCCACAGUAGGAGGAAGAUCUGGCCACCCUUCCAUCCGUACAACCGCAUGGAAACAGACAUAAUGGUCGAGCUAUGCAGAGAAAUUUUUGUGCCGCUAUGUCGUGAAGUCCUCCUGGAAAGCAGGUACACCACUCGGAUUUCCCAGAUACCUGAGCUACAGGUUGGUGACCUUGGCCUGGGGUCUGUGGAUACUUGGCAUGGAACCCCGGAUGCAAGACUCAGGGGAAUGGAGGUUGUCUGGCGGAAAGACUCGGGGGAAAUCAGUGCACUCGUUGAGGAAAUUGUCAGUGACGACGAAGGGAGUGUCCAGAGUAGUACUGCGGUGGAGGGAAAGGUGCUGUCCAAGGAGGCAAACCUGCCCCAAGCAGUUGGGACUUGUGUCGUGGCUUCCUUCACUGCAAAAGCACGCCACCCUGAGCACAAAGCACUUGUACCAACAGUGCUUAUUGACGAGAAACAGUUUCGUGUCUGCCUGUAUGAUUGCGACAAAGAUGUUUUACUGAUCUCCACAAGCAAACUCCUAGCCACAAAAGGAGAAUUAUCAAGGAGUGGCAUAGUUUUACUCUGGUUGGUAAUAAACCACAGACACUUUCUGCAGGACCUCCCUACUACCCUGAACAAGUAUCCUGCCCUGAUAAAAUCCCGCCUGGAAGGGUAUGGCACACUCGACAAGUUCACUGCUCUGAGAAGCAAUUCAGUGAAUUGGAACGUUGUACAGCAGAAAUGGACUGUUGAGUCCAGUCACUUACCCGUCGGUUUUUUAUCCUCACCUCCAAAAAAACGCCAAAAGAAAGACAGUUGAUGGUGGACGAGAGAUGCACUAACUAGAGUUUAGAAACAU